GAAGUGAAGGCACGGCUUGGCUAAGCCGUCUAGGAAGCCGCGGCGGGUCGCCCAGCUGGGGCAGUCGGAGUCCCGCCAGAGCGUCGGGAUUCAGCUCGGGUUGCCGGCGUGAUGCCUCUGUUCACUGCCAACCCGUUCGAGCAAGAUGUGGAAAAAGCCACAAAUGAGUACAACACCACAGAAGACUGGAGUCUGAUCAUGGACAUCUGUGACAGGGUUGGAAGCACUCCCAGUGGAGCAAAAGAUUGCCUAAAAGCCAUAAUGAAAAGGGUAAACCAUAAGGUCCCUCACGUUGCUCUGCAGGCAUUGACCCUUCUUGGAGCUUGUGUGGCAAACUGUGGAAAGAUAUUUCAUUUAGAAGUAUGUUCCCGUGAUUUUGCAACGGAAGUACGUUCUGUGAUAAAAAAUAAGGCUCAUCCUAAAGUAUGUGAAAAACUAAAAUCUCUAAUGGUGGAAUGGUCAGAAGAAUUCCAGAAGGACCCCCAAUUUAGUCUGAUAUCUGCGACUAUUAAGUCUAUGAAAGAAGAAGGGGUCACUUUUCCUUCAGCAGGCUCCCAGACUGUCUCGGCUGCUGCCAAAAACGGGACAUCAUUGAACAAAAACAAAGAAGAUGAGGACAUAGCUAAAGCUAUUGAGUUAUCGUUGCAAGAGCAGAAGCAGCAGUACACGGAGACAAAGGCUUUGUACCCACCCGCAGAGGGUCAGCUCAAUAACAAGGCUGCACGGAGAGUCAGAGCUUUAUACGACUUUGAAGCUGUUGAGGACAACGAGCUCACCUUUAAACAUGGUGAGCUCAUUACUGUUUUGGAUGACAGUGACGCCAACUGGUGGCAAGGAGAAAAUCACAGAGGAACAGGACUCUUCCCCUCCAACUUUGUAACGACCGACUUAAGCGCAGAGGUUGAGACAGCAACGGUGGACAAAUUGAAUGUAAUUGAUGAUGAUGUGGAAGAAAUUAAGAAAUCAGAACCCGAGCCUGUUUAUAUAGAUGAGGGUAAAAUGGAUAGAGCCCUGCAGAUUCUCCAGAGCAUAGAUCCAAAAGAUUCAAAACCCGACUCCCAAGACCUCUUGGACUUGGAAGAUGUUUGCCAACAGAUGGGUCCGAUGAUAGAUGAAAAACUUGAAGAUAUUGAUAGGAGGCAUUCAGAACUGUCUGAGUUGAAUGUAAAGGUGCUGGAAGCCCUGGACCUGUACAAUAAGUUGGUGAAUGAAGCGCCUGUGUACUCGGUCUAUUCAAAGCUGCAUCCGGCACAUUACCCGCCCACAGCAGCUGGGGUUCCAGUGCAGACAUAUCCAGUCCAGUCGCAUGGUGGAAACUACCUGGGCCACGGCAUUCACCAAGUAUCUGUUGCCCAGAACUAUAACCUAGGACCUGAUCCUAUGGGCUCGCUGAGAUCUCUGCCUCCAAAUAUGAACUCAGUAACAGCACACACCGUCCAACCUCCAUAUUUAAGCACUGGACAGGACACUGUCUCCAACCCUUCUUACAUGAACCAGAGCUCUCGUCUUCAGGCAGCUGCUGGUACAGCUGCUUACACACAGCCCGUGGGGAUGUCUGCAGAUGUGUCUUCUUUCCAGAACACAGCAUCCGGUUUGCCUCAGCUGGCCGGCUUUCCAGUGGCAGUUCCUGCACCUGUAGCUGCACAGCCACAAGCAAGCUACCACCAGCAGCCUCUCCUGUAGAGACACACCAGGACCUGCUGAAUGGCUUCGUGGGUGUGCCGUUUAAUAUAGGGGAUUCUAAUCUGAAAUAUUAAAAGUUUCCCCUUUCAGUCAAAAAGAACCAUGAAUAAAUAAAGCACAAAACCCCACCUUACCCUGAAGGCCAUAAAAGUUUUUUUUCCAGUCCAUUUGGCUUGAAGCUGAUCUUUUGGUCAAAGGCAGCUUGGAUGUUCUAAGUUAGUCUGGCUGAACUUUCUGGGCCCUUACUGAGUAGCCUUAUGACACUACACGAUAUGAGGUAGGAGUGUGGAAUUUUCUCUUUAAAGAACCCGUUGUUUCCUCUUAAGAUGUGAUUUUUGAGGAGCACUGAAGACCUUUAAACAUUUUGUCUGCACUUCCCCCACCCCUUGAAUUUCCCACACCCUGUUAUUUUAAAAGGCGAACAUCUUUUAGUGCAAGCCUUUAGCUUGACAGCAUAUUUCCUGUUGGCUCCUUAAAUUACAGUUGUGUUUGCAGUACUGUCAGGUUUGCUCUCAGUGUAAUGCUGAGUAGUAAUUAGCAGAUACUUGUCUACAGAAGCACGAACAAUUUGGAAGGUACAAAAUGGUUUCUGUCAUUACCAGUGAAAACCAUGUAAAUGCAAAUAUUGUGGAGCAGUUAGCCAGUCCUCUGACAGACGAGGGCCAGGGAUUGCCCCAGGAGAGGCAUCCUCUCAUACUCGUGUCCCUGGUAUUUAGAAUUGUUUUCUAGUGUCUUUUGGUGGAUGUCUAAUGAAGGUGCUAUCCUUUGGAUUUCCUGCCUGCCACAUAUGUAGACACUGCACUUCCUUCUUAGGGAUUCUCAGUGAAUCUGAGCCAGGAGACACUCCCCAUAAUCUGAUGUGAUAGGAACCAUCAUGGGUGUCACGUGCGAGGUGGGCGUUCCUUUCCUACAGAAAGCUGUCAUCGUGCCAGGCUUUCACGUGGCAUUGGGAAGGGAUUGUGCAUCCCCUAGAAGUAGUUGUGAACCUUUGCAGAAGCAGCAGGUAGCGGUGUGGUGGACACAGGCUAACAGGACAGCGCUCAGCUGCUUGUCUGAAGCUCCUGUCUUACGUUAGGUCUUAGUACAGUGCCACAUACUGUAAGAGUUGGUGGCAAACCCAAGGGAAUUUUCUCUUACAACUUUGCACACUACUUUAUUAUAUCAGCUUUUUACACAACAUAAACUAGAAAACAUAGAUGCACAGGACUUGGAUCCAUGAUAUUUACACUGGGAAAUGUUCUAAAUGGGAUUUUUUAAAAUUUAAAAUUUUUGCAUGAAUGCACUUCUGUAUAUUUUUUUAAGCCCUUAAACUUUAUUAAAAAUCCAUUGUGAGACAA